GGGAGGGAGUGUGUUGGUUAUACUGGCGUGAGGUGGUUCGACAGGGGAACGAUCGACCGGGCUGAGAAGGCCCCGCUACCCAAAGCACUCAAUCAGAGCUGUUGCUAAGAAUAUCCUCGGCCUGGGUCAUGUGUGAGUGACCUUUUCAUGAUUCUCGCCAUCUUCUUCACUCUUUGUUGACUGUUUUUCUUCCUCACGUUCUUGUUAUCUCCGAUGGCAAUGUAAAUCAACCCCUCUACUCGCGCUUGAAAACCCCUAAGUCACGAUGGCCUUUUGGCUUUUUGGUGGCACAAAGCCCAAGAAGUCGAGCAAGAAGUCCAAGAAGGGGACGAAAACCAAUAAAACGAUAGCUUCUUCUAAGCCCAAGAUAACAGAUCCUCCUAAUGUCUUUCGUCCUGCUAGACCUCAGAUUGAGCCGCCCCCUUAUCCAGGAAACGUGCGUCCGAAUACUGCGGCGUUGAGACCCGUUCUUCCGUAUAAUCAGCACCAUGCCUCUCAAUCACAGCCUCACUUCCAGCCCGCUGGCUAUCUCCCAGCACCGCCGAACUUCAGCACUCAACCGGUGGUGAUCAACAAUCACUAUCACCUCGGCUCGCAGCAAUCGCACCCCAACUUGUCUGCUUUUACUCCACCGCAUCAUCUCGCAACGACAAACUCACACCAGACCCUCUCAUCGUCGUUGAACCGUUUCACAGGCUCAAUGGUGAAUCUCGCCAAGGAAUCAAUUCCACCACAACUCUACGACGAUGGGCUAUCGGCUUGGCAUGGAUGUGCGCAGAUUGCUCAGUCGACGAAUGCGCUGUAUGAUCGGUUCAACGAUAUCAUGACACUUAUUGAUCACGAGAAAGUAAAGGGCAAUGAGAAUACGCUCUUCAACUGCGCCAUCGCAGAUCAGGAGCCAAAGACGGAUCAAGUCGAUAAGGGUUUGGGAAAGGUGAAGAACAAGGAAAAGUCAUCAUGCAAUGUUGCUGCAUCUGUUGUGUCGGGCAACUACUUCUCCAAAGUCGAGCAAUACGCAAACUCCAAGCUUCCUUCAACACUUCCUCCACUAUCUCUGCAUAUGCCUACGUGGCCUCUCCUUUGUCUCGCCGCUCAGUACUCCCAACGUGUCUACGAAAGACCUCGCGGCACCGAACGAGACGCCCACGUCUCAUCCGACUGGCUCGCUGGUCCUAGACAGACCUGCAUUAAGUCCGUUUCCAUGGACGACAUGAACACCAUAGUCUUCGCCAUCCGCGGUACGGCAAGUUUCAUGGAUUGGGCCGUCAAUCUCAAUUCUGCACCCAUCAGCCCACUCAACUUCCUCGAUGAUCCAGGAAACUUGUGCCACGCGGGCUUUCUCUCCGUUGCUAAGAAGAUGGUUCGCCCGGUAGCUGCAAGGCUGAGACAGCUUCUUCAAGAGGACCCCAAGCGCUCGACGUUCAGUCUUUUAAUCACGGGACAUUCGGCUGGUGGUGCUAUUGCUGCGUUGCUAUACUCGCACAUGGUAGCCCAGACGAAUGCGGCAGAGAGUGAACUCAACGUCUUGACGAAUUGCUUUAAGAGAAUACACUGCGUCACGUUCGGUGCACCACCUGUGUCUCUCCUCCCACUAGCAAAACCGGAUGCUCACGCUCUCAGAAAGAGCAUCUUCCUGAGCUUCGUCAACGAAGGAGAUCCCGUUGUCCGCGCCGACAAAGCCUACGUCAAAAGUCUUCUCGAUCUACUCGCUUCACCACCACCAUCCCAACGAAAAGACACCAAUAAAUCACGCAAGAAACCAACAUGGAACGUCCCCCCGUGCACACUGAGCAACGCAGGCCGUAUCGCGGUGCUGCGCUCAGGGGACCUAGACGCCAAGCCCAAAGAUCGCAAGACGGUGCGAGAGCGUCUCGAUGAAGGAGUUGUGGCAGUGACGUGCUCCGAGGAGAGGUUGAGGAGUGUUAUUUGGGGAGAUCCUGUGUGCCAUCUGAUGAGUUUGUAUGCUGCGAGGAUAGAGGUGCUAGCUGUACGGUCUGUGACUGCGAGACGUUAGCAUUGAUAAGAGUUGGAAUUUUUGGUUACGAAGUAAUGAAUGAACGGGGUUGACUUUGGCGUUACGAUACCUACAGAACGAAAACAAAGAUACCAGCAAAUACCCAGAAUUUACAAUUAAAUCUAUUAAAUCACAAGCGAAGUGGCCGAAUUAAUGCUCGGGCCAAACUGGUUCAGUGCACGACGAGAGAGAAGUUCAAGAUUAAUUGAAUAGAG